UAUAAAUAUAUGAGAUUUAUAUAUAUUUUGUGUCGUAAGUUUAUGGUAGCUUAGAUUUAGACAAGAAGAAUCUUGAGUUGAUAGGUUGGGAGGGUGUAGAUUUUGGAAAAAGCUAGCUUGUGUGGUUGAGAGAAAAGCAGAAGAAGACCAAGUCAACCAAACCAUCUAAUUCUUGGAUUCCAAUGAAAAAGGGUAAACCACUUGAUGAAACUUUUCCUAUGCUUCCAAACGACAUUUCAGGUAAGCUUGGCUGGUCCUCAUCUUAGAAUAACCUCAAGCCUCUCAUACCAAAAAUAAGCUUACUUACAUUACAUUCAUUUUCUUGGUGACAGUUUUGCUAUUGUCACCUCCCCUCUUCCUCCUCAUUAUGCAGCAAUCAAUGAAGAGGAAGAUGAUGAUGAAUAAAACAUUAUUAACACAGGAAUAAACAGAUGCACAUAUGUGAUUAUUCGUAUAGCAGCAUUGACAUCUUCUACUAAUUUCAUCAACAUUAAGCAAGUACAUUUCCAGGAGAAGAAGAACAAGAACAAGAAGAGUGUUACUUAAGUUCUGCCAAAAUGAAUGAUUUAUUCUCAAAUUCGUUCAAGAAAUACACUGACCUUAAGCAGCAAGCAUAUCUUGAUGAUAUAGAGGCUGGGAGGGAAAAUACGAGUCUUGAUAAAUUCUUCGAUGAUGUUGAGAAUGUAAAGGAAGACAUGAAAAGUGUUGAGAAACUGCACAAGAGUUUACAAGAUGCUAAUGAAGAGAGCAAGACUGUGCAUAAUGCCAAGACCAUGAAAAAUCUCCGUUCUAGAAUGGACUCGGAUGUGGAGCAAGUCCUGAAACGUGUCAAAAUCAUCAAGGGAAAGCUUGAAGCUUUAGAACGUUCCAAUGCAGCCGCGAGGAACGUUCCAGGGUGUGGUCCAGGGUCCUCUGCAGAUCGAACCAGGAUCUCAGUGGUUAGCGGUUUAGGAAAGAAGCUCAAGGAUCUUAUGGACAACUUUCAGAAUUUUAGGGCCCAGAUGAAUGCUGAAUAUAAGGAAACCGUGGAGCGCAGGUAUUUUACAAUCACAGGACAGAAAGCAAGCGAAGAAACAAUUGAGAAUUUGAUAGAAAGUGGAGAAAGUGAAAAUUUCCUGCAGAAAGCAAUCCAGGAUCAAGGGAGAGGCCAGAUUCUUGACACAAUAUCAGAAAUUCAAGAAAGACAUGAUGCGGUGAAGGAGAUAGAGAAGAAUUUGAUCGAGCUCCAUCAGGUGUUCUUGGACAUGGCUGCUCUUGUGGAAGCUCAGGGUCACCAACUCAACGACAUUGAGAGUCAUGUGGCGCAUGCUAGCUCGUUCGUGCGACGAGGGACUGAGCAUCUUCAGGAAGCCAGGGAAUAUCAGAAAAGCUCUAGGAAGUGGACGUGUAUUGCCAUUUAUGGCUUUAUUAUCGUUGUUAUUUUGCUCUUAUUGCCUCUCUUACCAACAAUUAUAGCUCUCUUGAAGUGACAAUUUCUUCUUGAACUCUGAAAAUAUGCUUCUGAUUUUCACCUUUAUUAGAUUGUAAAGCAACUUUGAAAAAUUUAUAUUUCGUUUCCUUAGAUAGGAUUUCAAUGUCUCAAACUUCCAUUCUGAACUAUACAGAGCUCAACUUGGAAUGUUAGUUCAGGAAAAACAAAUUUCAUCAGAAUAGAUAUAGCCCAUUGGCAUCAUGGAGGUGACGAUUCUUUGCAAACCACAUGAAUUGUAGGAUAAAGAGGAAACUUAUUUGUCU